GUCUGCUGGGAAUACAAGAUCUUUCCAAACCAGACUAUGGAGACCCAGUUCACCUUCACCCUGGUGAUAUUCCAGUGUUUUGGGCCUGUGGAGUAACAGGAGUAGAAGCAGUCAUCAACUGCAGAGCACCAUUAGCUUUUACUCAUUCUCCUGGCUGUAUGUUCAUUACCGACCUAAAGAAUGACAAUGUCACAGUCACAUCCUCAAGAGAAGCCCCACAAGUCUACUGCAUUUCUCAAGAUCCUCUGCAUUAUAGUAUUGUGUCAGCAGAAGCAGCCCAGAAGAUAAAGAAUCUGGAGGCACUAAUUGGAAUAGAUCCAGGAGAUCGGGGUGUGAGUCAUCUGUGGCGCCAAGAGGAGCUGCUGAAGGCUUGCCUGUCCCUCUCCCAUGCUCGGGCAGUGCUGAUAACAACGGGAUUUCCUACCCACUUCACUUACGAGCCACCAGAAGAGAACGAUGGGCCCCCGGGAGCCCUCGCUAUUGCGGCUAUAUUGCAGGCCUUGGAGAAAGAGGUUGUCAUAGUAACAGAUCAGAGAGCCAUGAAUCUGACUAAAAAGAUUAUUGAAGAGGCUGUUCAACUAGGAAUCCUGAAGAGACCUGUCCCUGUAUUUUGUUAUCAACGGGAAAAUGCUGAUUCAGCUUUAAUGUUUUUGUGUGAGAAUGGGAAUCCUGGAAGACCUAGAUUUGAUCACCUGAUAGCAAUAGAACGUGCUGGGAUGGCUGCUGAUGGCAAUUAUUACAAUGCCAGGAAAAUUAACAUUAAACAUCUCGUGGAUCCCAUAGAUGAACUAUUUUUAGCUGCACAAACCAUUCCAGGAGUCACGACAACAGGUGUCGGAGAUGGAGGAAAUGAAUUAGGAAUGGGCAAGGUAAAGGAUGCUGUAAAGAAGCACAUAAAAAAUGGAGAUGUUAUAGCUUGUGAUGUUGAAGCUGAUUUCACUGUUGUUGCUGGAGUCUCUAACUGGGGAGGCUAUGCCAUUGCUUGUGCUCUGUAUGUUCUCAACACUUGUGAAACACAUGAGCGCUAUCUGAGGAAAGCUGUUGGGUUUCCACGGCUGUCCAAGAAGGAGGUGUGGCUAUCGGCACUUCCUUCAGUUACCAAGGAAGAAAAGCUUCUGAAAACACUUGUGAAGCACGGAAUCCGCAGUGGAAAAACGGCCAGCCUAGAAAUGGAAGUGGAUGGGCUGCCCUUCUACAAUACCCAUUCACUUCUGAUUGAAAAGCUGCUGCAAGAAGUGCAGCAGUGACUGCCCCCAAUGAUUUCUAUAUCAAGAGUUGCUCCUGUGUUAUGUCCUUAUUCCCUCAGCUCUCACAAGGUAUAAAAGAUCAGAAAAA